UGGGUUUAUCUGAGAGGAGCGCAGCGCGCUGAGUGCUGCGGCUCCACUCCUGCCACACAGCCCCGCACACAUGACACUUUUCCACAACCACACUCUGGAUUUUAGGAUUAUUUUCACAUUUUUGUUAUGAUUAUUUUCACUGAAGGAAGUUGCCUUCGUCGGGACGGAGCUCUUCUGAUGCGUCAGGUUUGGAAAUCCGAGACGGAACCGCGCGUUCUGGAUGGACUCUGCUUCCACCAGAGGGCUGGAUGUGAAUUUAUUCCCACAUUCUUUUAGCCCGGGAGGCGCGCGCGCGGCCGGGAUGGAUUCCUUUAACGGCAGCGGGGUGAUGGUGCACCUGAACUCCUCCAGGAGCCAGGACGGCUUUUAUUCCUCCGCAGCCACCGCCGGGAUCGCGGCUCUCGUGAGUUUCCUGAUCGUCUUCACGGUGGUGGGCAACACUCUGGUGGUGAUCGCGGUGCUGACCAGCAGGGCGCUGAAAGCCCCGCAGAACCUGUUCCUGGUGUCCCUGGCCACGGCGGACAUCCUGGUGGCCACCCUGGUGAUGCCCUUCUCCCUGGCCAAUGAGCUCAUGGGUUACUGGUAUUUUGGGAAAGUUUGGUGCGGGAUCUAUCUGGCCCUGGACGUGCUGUUCUGCACCUCGUCCAUCGUGCACCUGUGCGCCAUCAGCCUGGACCGCUACUGGUCCGUGACACAGGCGGUGGAGUACAACCUGAAGCGGACCCCGAGGCGCAUCAAGUGCAUCAUCCUGGUCGUGUGGCUCAUCUCCGCCUUCAUCUCGUCCCCCCCGCUCCUGUCCGUGGAGGGCAACACGGACCCGACCCCCCAGCCUCAGUGCCAGCUGAACGAUGACACCUGGUACAUCCUCUCCUCCAGCACCGCCUCCUUCUUCGCCCCCUGCCUCAUCAUGGUCCUGGUCUACAUCAGAAUCUACCAGGUGGCCAAAACCAGAACCAGGAGCAUGUCCGGGAAGCAGCCCAGACCAGAGGGCGCCAACCAGACCGAGAACGGACUGAGCAAAGCCUCCUCGCCUUUCCACGGGGACACGGAGAACGGGCACUGCCACUGCCCGCCCACCCCCAGCCAGCGCACGGUCACCGUGGGCCAGCAGACCGAGGAGGCCGACCUGGAGGAGAGCUCCUCCUCAGAGGGCAAAGGUCACAAAGCCCAGCGCCAGGACUCUCAAAGGGCCAGGAGGCCCAGCCAGAGGAGAAGCUCCCUGUGCAAACACACCAGGGUCAGCAACAAGUCCAUGGACCUGUUCGCCUCCAGGAGGAGGCGCCGCCGGAGCUCCUUCGCCCGGAAGAAGAUCUCCCAGGCCCGAGAGAAGAGGUUCACCUUCGUCCUGGCUGUGGUGAUGGGGGUGUUCGUCGUGUGCUGGUUCCCCUUCUUCUUCAGCUACAGUCUGUAUGGGGUGUGCGGGGACUCCUGUAAGAUCCCAGACCCGCUCUUUAAGUUCUUCUUCUGGAUCGGGUACUGCAACAGCUCCCUGAACCCGGCCAUCUACACCAUCUUCAACAGGGACUUCAGGAGGGCCUUUCAGAAGAUCCUCUGCAAGUCCUGGAAGAAGUCMUUUUAGGUGACCGCCCAUGAGACCUGCAGGGGUUAAAAUUCAGCAAACUGAGUCUUUGCUGGACAGGGGCGGAGCUAGACUUUUUUUGAAAGGGGUGGAAGGGGUGGCCAAGGUGGUUUUUAGGUGGGCACAUACAAAUAAAUUCUAGUCACUCAUUAUUAAGCGUUUUUKCAACAUACAAACCUGAAAACUAAAAACAACCAAAAAAUAAAUAAAAAAAAACAACCUUUACCCAGUUUUAUAUAUAAUCAAAAAUUUAAGAUGGCCUCCACAGCUAACUUUAAAAAUCUAUAAUU